AUGCGCUGCAAGGUCCUUCUCCUGCUGUCGAGUACGCUCGCGAUCCUCCCAAGUGCCACGGCAGCAUCAGGCCCAGAAAAUCCCCGCUCACUUGGCUCCAUUGCGGAUGAGGUUGCACCUUCUGCCGACCACUUAUCGGUCGCUCCAGAACAGGAGGUACAAUCCGACAUGACAGAUCGUCUUCCUCCGGAGAAUCGAGCGUUUUCUGCAAGACAAGUGCUGGAGGAAUUGCCUAUAGCCGAAGCUCUUAAGGCCAGAUUGACGCGCUUGCGCUUUAAACGGUGGCUUUACUUUGAUAAGCCACCGGAGUACGUCCUGAGCCGAUUCGUACCCGUCCUAGGCGAUCCAAGCAUCUCCCCAUUCGACCAUCCGUAUAUCAACGUUUGGGCUGAAUACAUGCGACAAACGCACGAAAGAGCCUAUGAGAGCAUGUACGAAGAGUUAUUGGAGCACUAUGACGAUGAAAUUCUCGUCGACAUGCUAGCCAAAGCGGCAACGGUUGAGCACACCAAGAAGCUAGCUGUGAAGUUACAAGUUGUCCAGCUCGAGAGCUGGUUGAGCACAUAUGAUGACUCGAGACUUCUUUUUCGAAAGUUAAAGUUGCGGGGAACGAUGGGGAAAUUCCCGGAUAGACAGAAGGCGUUUCGCAGAUACCAACGUUUUUACGUCCGCCCGCCGCUCUAUAACUCUGGCACGUCGUAA